AUGGCGGCCACGAUCUCCUCCAUGGCCCCGUUAUCUCAGCCUGACCUUAUGAGCUGUGGCUAUUUGCAUUUUCAGCUGACGUCAGAUCACUUCUCCAGCACUCACAACUGGUACACAUGCUCUCACGCCCGCCCCACCUUCUGCAAUGUCUGCCGGGAAGCCCUCUCAGGGGUCACCUCCCACGGCCUGUCCUGCGAAGUGUGUAAAUUCAAAGUUCACAAACGGUGUGCUGUGCGAGCCAGCUCCACCUGCAAAUGGACCACCCUGGCCACCAUAGGCAAUGAGAUCAUUGAGGACGAAGAUGGAGUGGCAAUGCCCCAUCAGUGGCUGGAAGGGAACCUGCCCGUCAAUGCCCGCUGUGCCUCAUGUGACCGUAUGUGUGGCAGCGUCCGAAGGCUACAAGACUAUAAAUGUCUCUGGUGCAAGGCCAUUAUUCAUGGUACCUGCAGAGACCAAUUUUCUAAGAAAUGCCCCCUGGGACAGUACAGAGUAUCUAUUCUCCCACCAACAGUUCUGAACUGCAUGGACUCAGAUGGGUUCUGGAAGGCUUCUUGCCCAGGUGCCUGCUCCAGCCCUCUGCUUGCUUUCGUCAAUUCCAAGAGUGGUGACAACCAAGGUGUGCGCUUCCUCCGGAAAUUCAAACAGUUCCUGAACCCAGCACAAGUGUUUGACCUGAUGAAUGGGGGGCCUCACCUGGGGCUCCGUCUGUUCCAGAGGUUUUCCACCUUCCGGAUUCUGGUAUGCGGUGGAGAUGGCAGCGUGGGCUGGGUUCUUUCUGAAAUUGACACUCUUGGAUUACACAAACAGUGCCAGCUUGGGGUCCUGCCCCUGGGAACUGGCAACGACCUGGCCCGCGUGCUCGGCUGGGGAAGCCUGUGUGAUGACGAUACUCAGCUCCUGCAGAUUCUGGAGAAGAUGGAGCGGGCCACCACCAAGAUGCUGGACAGGUGGAGUGUCCUGACCUGGGAGGCUCCUGGAGGAGUGCUCACACGGAGGGCUGGACAGGGCCCUACGGGGCAGUACAUGGAUUCAGUGGCCUCCUACCUGGCCAAGCUCCUCGGCUCAGACGAGCACUCAGUGGCAUCGAUUCUGCCAGCCAGCCAGGUUCUGGGCGGCACCAUCGAUGAAUUUGUGGUCAAAGUUGGCAAAGCCCAUGAGAAAAUCACAAAGAAUGCACAGGAGACAGAAGCCAUAGCCAGGGAGUGUACCCCGGUGAGCAACAGAACAGAUAUGCUGAUUCGGGAGCUGGAGAUGGAGCCCCAGGCCGCUAUGGGCUACCUGGAGAACACCCCGCUGGCUGCUCCAGCCGCAGAGGGAGAAGAUGAGGGCGAUGAAGAUGACUUUGAAGGGGGAGCGGUGGGUGGCGCCCCUGCAGAGGUGUGCCAGCCCUCUAGCUUGGUGCCCCCAGCCUUCAGAUCCAAGGAUCAGAUGGUGCUGCGAGCUAACAGCUUGAAAAAGGCCUUAAGGCAGAUCAUUGAGCAGGCAGAGCAAGAUUCCCGCCGAGACACCGUUUCCUCCACCACAUCGUCUGUCUUUCUGGACCAACCUGACGACUCAAUGAUGCUCCCAGGCAAGAACUCACCCACAUACCAGCAGUCCAGUGAGGGUGGCUGGCGGAGGCUGGGCAUGCUGCCAGGCACGAGGUUGGCUGGCGAGGGUUCAGGAGGCUCCAUGCCCCACUACGUCACUCGUUCACCCUCGCCUCCUUCCCAUGCCAUUCUCGUAGCCGCUGGCGAUUGCCUCCGAUACAUGUUUGAAAAUGUCACUGCUUCCUCAUGGGGUCCAGAAGAAAGUCUGCCCAUCCAGUGGGCCCAAUGUGGCCCUCUCCCUAUAACUCUGUCAUCUGAGAACAGGAAGAAUUCCAGUCUGGAGUCCACGGGGAGGAUCACACCAGCCACUCAUGCCCAAGGGUCUGAAAUGCCCUCUCAUCCAACCCCUUCAUCUUCCAGAGGCCCACUGGUAGCAAGUGGUGGGGCCAGGCCUGGGGUCCAGGGCCUGGGACUCCAAACCCAUGUGUCUCUCCCUCUCCCAGAUAACAAGCACAUUGAUACCUUCAGGUGCUCAGGGCAUCUUUUUAGCAGGAUUCCCAGUUGGCACUCCAUCCUGAGCCAAUUCUCUGAAAAGUGCGUCAUGAACAACUAUUUUGGCAUUGGCCUGGAUGCGAAGAUUUCUCUGGAGUUUAACAACAAAAGGGAUGAACACCCCAAGAAGUGCAGCAGCCGCACCAAGAACAUGAUGUGGUACGGGGUGCUGGGAACCAAGGAGCUCCUGCAGCGUACCUACAAGAACCUGGAGCAGCGAGUGCAGCUGGAGUGUGAUGGUGAAAUCAUGGCCUUGCCUAGUCUGCAGGGAAUUGCCGUGCUCAACAUCCCCAGCUAUGCAGGAGGCAUCAAUUUCUGGGGUGGCACCAAGGAAGAUAAUAACUUUGGAGCACCUUCCUUUGAUGACAAGAAGCUGGAGGUGGUGGCGGUGUUUGGCAGCAUCCAGAUGGCUGUGUCCCGAGUUAUCAAUCUUCAACAUCAUCGCAUUGCCCAAUGCCGUGUGGUCAAGAUCACCAUCUGCGGCGAUGAAGGGGUCCCUGUGCAAGUGGAUGGAGAGGCCUGGGUCCAGCCCCCGGGUAUCAUCAAGCUUCAGCAUAAGAACCGAGCCCAGAUGCUGACCAGAGACCGGGCCUUUGAGAGUACCCUCAAGUCAUGGGAAGAUAAACAAAAGGGGGAAAGCUACCGAUCAACCCGACCCCGGCUCAGCUCCCAGCAGUCCAUGGAAUAUCUCACCGAGGAGGAAUAUAGGCUGUUGCAGCGCUUUGCCCGCUCUGCUGACAUCCUCAUCACCAGGAUCCGGGAGGUGGCCAAGAUCCACAAGGCCAUAGAGCAGGAGCUGGCCCACUCCGUGAAUGGCUGUGCCUCGGCCCUGACUGAAGUGCUGCCCAGCAAGCGCAGCGGCAGCAGCCCUGAGAGCCUGAGCAGAAACUCAGCUGUGGAAGUUUCAAUUAGCGUGAAAGCUUUGUACAAUGAAGCCAGAGCUUAUGUGGAAGGGAAGUUGCCAAUUCAGCUGGACAGCCCCCGGCGGGAGGAGGGGCUGCAGGUUGCCCUAGCCAACGUCAGCCAGGAGCUGGAGAAGGUGUCUGAAAUCCACUGGAUGGCACCCAUCCUCAAUGCUGUCACUGAAGAGGAGAGCUUGGGACACACUAGCAAGGGCAGCUUCAGGCUGCGCCUCAACAUCUCCAGAGGAAAGAAAAGCAAGCCCCCCAAGGUCAAAUGGAGCAGCUCUGUCUCAGUGGACAAAUGGGGCCCUGAGGAAGUGGCUUCUUGGCUGGACGCACUUGGUUUAGGGGAGUACAAAGACAUUUUUACCCGCCAUGAAAUCCAGGGCUCAGAGCUGAUCCUGCUGGAGAGACGAGACUUGAAGGAUUUAGGAAUCCGAAAGGUUGGUCACACGAAGAAGAUCCUUCAAGGUAUUAAAGACAUUAGCCACAACCUAUGAAAUGCUGAAGGGAGAGAGCCCUACGGCUUGGAACUCGUGACACAAAGCCACUUCGUGGUGGAUUGACAAUGACAACCACGCAGAUGACCACAAUGACAACAACAAUGACUCUAACCCUAUAUAUAAUUAUUUCAGAACAGACACGGACCCUCGGUAGGGCUGUCAGACGAUGCUUUUCACUAAUGUGACGUUCUCAACUUUAUCAGGUUUCCUUAGAGGUUUACAUUUCCACAUUGGCCAAAGAUCGUUGAAUGGAGUUGUUCUUCAGUUCUCCCUCUCUGUGCUUCUUGACUGGCUCUGGUUACAUGAGUUAAGCUUCUGUAUAUGCCUGGGAUCUAGAAGAAUGGCCUUCUAUGGGUGCUUUGGAGAGAGUGCUUUCCCUGAUGGGUCAGGGUCACCUGGCUGAUUUUGGGAUUCUGAAAUGUCUCUGGCCUUCCCUUUGGAGCUGGUUUGCUAAAAGAAGGUGGGAGGAGAGGCUCUGUGCCAUGGAGGAUGGGAACUAGGUCCUAGGGGCUUCUCUCCUAGCCUUAAUUACGUGGCUGCAUCCUUUAUUAUCCCUGAGUUGAGCCCCCAUC